UGUCCCCGUCCAGAGUCCCCGUGGUCCCUGCUGCCAUCAUGGCCACCCACCACCGCCUUGUGAUGGUCCGGCACGGCGAGAGCACAUGGAACCAGGAAAACCGUUUCUGCGGCUGGUUCGAUGCAGAGCUGAGUGAGAAGGGGGCCGAGGAGGCCAAGCGGGGAGCCAAAGCCAUCAAGGACGCCAAGAUGGAGUUUGACAUCUGCUACACAUCAGUGCUGAAGCGGGCCAUCCGCACCCUCUGGGCCAUCCUGGACGGCACGGACCAGAUGUGGCUGCCCGUGAUACGCACCUGGCGUCUCAAUGAGCGGCACUACGGGGGCCUCACGGGCCUCAACAAGGCAGAGACAGCUGCCAAACAUGGGGAGGAGCAGGUGAAGAUCUGGAGGCGCUCCUUCGACAUCCCACCGCCCCCCAUGGAUGAGAAGCACCCCUACUACAACUCCAUCAGCAAGGAACGGCGGUACGCAGGCCUGAAGCCCGGGGAGCUGCCCACCUGCGAGAGCCUCAAGGACACCAUCGCCCGGGCCCUGCCCUUCUGGAACGAGGAGAUUGCUCCGCAGAUCAAGGCCGGCAAGAGAGUGCUCAUCGCGGCCCACGGGAACAGCCUGCGGGGCAUCGUCAAGCACUUGGAAGGGAUGUCGGACCAGGCUAUCAUGGAGCUCAACCUGCCCACGGGGAUCCCCAUUGUGUACGAGCUGGACCAGGCACUGAAGCCCACCAAGCCCAUGCAGUUCCUGGGUGACGAGGAGACUGUGCGGAAGGCCAUGGAGGCUGUGGCUGCCCAGGGCAAGGCCAAGUGAGGGGUGGGCUUUGGCAAUAAAGGCACCUCUCCCA